AAGCCAAACCCCUUCCCUCUCCCUUCACAACUCCUUAUCUUCUCCAUCUCUCUCUCUCUAGGGUUAUGGCUUCUUCGAAUGCUCUCUUGAAGCCAUUUUCAAUGGCAGAAAGCUGCUUAACCUCUGUACCAACUACACUCUUCACCACCAAAACCCCACACCCGCUCCUCUCACUCCCACCAAAGCCCGUCAGACUCUUUCACCUCUCCUGCUCGUGUUCCUCUUCAUGGGUCUCCCUCAAAACCAAGACUUCACCGACCACUUUGGUCCCAUUUGUGGCUCAGACCUCGGACUGGGCUCAGCAGGAGGAGGAGGAAGAGAAGGGUGGGUUGACGUGGGACAGUGAAGGAGGGGAAGAGAUUGAGGCUUCUGGCUCUGAGGAAGCUUGGGAGGGUGAGGUUGGGGAAGAUGGAGAAGAGAGUGAAGGGAGUGAAGAUACUUUCAGUGAGCCGCCUGAGGAGGCUAAGCUUUUUGUGGGGAAUUUGCCUUAUGAUAUUGAUAGUGAGAAAUUGGCUCAGCUUUUUGACGAGGCUGGAGUUGUGGAGAUUGCAGAGGUAAUUUACAAUAGAGAAACAGAUCAGAGUCGUGGGUUUGGGUUUAUAACAAUGAGCACUGUUGAAGAAGCCGAAAAGGCUGUGGAGAUGUUCAACCGAUAUGAUUUAAAUGGAAGGUUUUUGACCGUCAAUAAGGCUGCUCCAAGAGGGUCACGUCCAGAACGACCUCCGCGAGCAUUUGAACCUUCAUUCAGAAUUUAUGUUGGCAACCUGCCGUGGCAAGUGGAUGAUGCUCGUCUGGAGCAAGUGUUCAGUGAGCACGGUAAGGUGGUCGAUGCCAGGGUAGUCUAUGACCGAGACACUCAACGUUCACGUGGAUUUGGCUUUGUGACAAUGUCCAGUGAGACAGAACUGAAUGAUGCCAUCGCUGCUCUUGAUGGACAGAGUUUGGAUGGCAGGGCAAUCAGAGUAAAUGUUGCAGAGGAACGGCCGAGGCGUGGCUCCUAUUAAUUUCUGGAGGUUGUUUUUUGAGAGGUUUACCUGAACACUUAAAGGUCCAGUGUCUCCUUUUUGACAGAAGAUAUCUUAAGGCACUUUUUAUGUUCUCUGUUUUAUUAUUUAUAAUUACCUUUUUUAAGGGAAAAAAAAAAGGCUCAAAGUAACGGCAAGUUUUGUAUUAGGAGUUGGAAGCUACUCAAGUUUUCUUGUGAUUACAUUUAGAAUGCAUUUGACAGUGAUUCUAGGAAGUA